UGCUGCUGCAGGCGGGGCACAGUGUGAACUCAGGAAACGGAAACUUACCCUGUCCCACUGCCCGGAGGGAGCCAUGGCUGCAGCGAGCCCCGUGGAAAGUCUCCAGGAGGAAGCGACAUGUCCCAUCUGUCUGGAAUAUUUCACAGACCCUGUCACUCUGGAGUGUGGGCACAAUUUCUGCCACGCCUGCAUCGCCCAGUGCUGGGAGGGACCCGACACAGCCGCCUCCUGCCCUCAGUGCAGAGAAACUGUGCAACAGAGAAACCUCAGGCCCAACAGGCAGCUGGCAAAUGUCGUAGAAAUCGCCAAGCAGCUGAGUUUCCAGGCAGCGAAGGGAGCAGGAGGGGGUGGGGUGUGUGGGGAACACCAGGAGGCUCUGAAACUGUUCUGUGAAGAGGAUCAAACCCCCAUCUGUGUGAUCUGCAGAGAGUCCCGGGCUCACCGCGCUCACACGGUGGUUCCCAUACAGGAAGCUGCCCAGGAAUACAAGGAAAAAAUACAAGCCCAUUUGAAGACUCUGAGGGAAGAGAGAGAAAAGCUGCUGGGAUUGAAAGUGGCUGGAGAGGAGAGAAGCCGGGAGUAUCUGGUCGGUGCCUGUUGUUCUUUGCCUGCUGGGACACGGAGCUGGGAGGGAUGUUUAUUGAAACAGACAGAAACCGAGAGGCAGAGGAUUGUGUGUGAAUUUCAGCAGCUGCGGCAGUUCCUGGAGGAACAAGAGCGACUCCUGCUGGCCCAGCUGGAAAAGCUGGACAAGGAGAUUGUGAAGAUACAGAAUGAAAAUAUCACCAAACUCUCAGAGGGAAUUUCCCAUCUCAGUGAGCUGAUCAGUGAGAUGGAGGGGAAGUGUCAGAAACCAGGAAGUGAAUUCCUGCAGGAUGUCAGAAGCACCUUGCGUAGGUGUGAGAAGGGGAAGUUCCAGCAGCCAGAGGAGAUUUCUCCUGAACUGGAAGAGCAUGUCAGCAAUUUCUCCCAGAAAACUAUUGUGCUAAUGGAGACUCUGAGGAAGUUCAAAGACACUCUGCCCUCUGCACUGGAAUCCCUAGGAGCACUCAGACAGGCGAAUGUGACUCUGGAUCCAGACACGGCUCAUCCCGACCUCGUCGUGUCUGAGGAUGGGAAAAGUGUGAAAUGGGGAGAGACACGGCAGCAUCUGCCCAACAACCCUGAGAGAUUUGACACUGAGCCCUGGAUGCUGGGCUGUGAGGGAUUCACCUCAGGGAGCCAUUGCUGGGAGGUGGAGGCGGAGGUGGAGGUGGGGGGUGAGGGAUCCUGGGCUGUGGGGGUGGCCAGAGAGUCUGUGGGGAGGAAGGGAGAGAUCAUUUGUCGCCCUGAGGCGGGGAUCUGGGCUGUGCAGUGGCGGUGGUUUCAGUUCCGGGCUCUCACCUCCCCUGCGACCCCCCUGUCCCUGAGCUGGGCCCCCAGCAGGAUCCGGGUUUGUCUGGACUGUGACCGGGGGCAGGUGACAUUUAUCGGUGGUGAUGACGAGGCCCCGAUCUUCACUUUCCCGCUGGGCUCCGUCCCUGGGGAGAGAAUCCGCCCCUGGCUCGAGGUGGGGCCGGAAUCUCGGCUCCGCCUGCGUCCCUGAGACCCACAGCAGGGCGGGAACCGGAAAUCAGCCUCUCUAGCCUCAUGGACCCCAGUGUCUAUGACCUUGGAGGACUCCCAUCGACCCAGCCCCUGGCUCCUCUUCUCUAUGAGCCCUGGAAGCUCCUUCCCUUCCCUCCCUGCAGCCCCCUGUGGUGGGAGGGGGAGGGGGAGGAACCCCUGGGGCUGCAGGAGGGGCAGAGGGGCCCUGAGGGGCAGAGGUGGGGGCUGGGCAGGGACCCAGCAUGAAUCAAUCAGGGUUUGGGGGGCUGGGGAGAAGCAGCAGCAGGGAGCGGUUUGUGCAGAUCUGUGGGAUUGGAUCUCAUGGGGUCUCCCAGCCAGAGCUCCUGCCCCAGGGGCCCAAGUCACCUUUCACUGUAACAACAGGACAGCUGGUAACCCUGUAACUGUCAGAAAAGGGGGGGAGGGGGAGAUGGGUGGAGAUUGACAAAAAAACCCAAACAUCAUAUAACCUUAAAACAAUCGUCACUGGGGCAGUCUCAUGAUUUUUUUUAAAACCUCCUGAGGUUGGCAGCACUGGGGGAGGCAGGGACAGGGUGGGUUGAACCAGAGGGAAUUAGAAGAAGCAGGAAGAAAAAUGUGAAUGAAAAUAAAACAAGAAUAAAGGGAGUGUCUAUGAGAAAUGGUGGAAAACAGAAAUGAGAAGAGUGACAGGAAAAUGUCCCUGACAGGGGAACCAGCCUGGGGGCAGCAAGAGGGGAAGGGAUAAAAUCAGGGGAAAGAAGGGAGCAGCCAUGGGGGAUGAUCUGUGACAGGGAGGGGAGGAGAGUGGGAGAGACACAGGAAAAUAAACAGGGAUCAGAAGUGAGGGUUAAAAAAAAUGAGUAGAAAGGGACAGUAUGGAAGGAAAGGAGCAUGAGAGGGACAGAGAUUUAUUCAAAGUUACUGAAAGUGACACUGUAACUCAUCAAUUCCCUAUAUUCAUUCCUGGACAACUGUACUGUUGUGCCAUUAAGAAAACUCUUCUCAGUGGCUGGGGAGCUCCUGGCCAUGCUG